GCAUCUGUGGGGACACAGAGAGCAGAGGGGAGCAUUGGAGUACCCCACACCCCACGGGGGCAGGGGCCUGGGGCCAUGCCCUCAAUGUCCCCAUCACACUGCGUGGUGUAAAGGCAAUGGGGGCAGCUUUGUGUCCCUCUGGGCAUCUCAGAGGGGGUUUUAGGAUGCCUCGAGCAGCACUUGUGGGCCCCCAUCGGCAGCAUCGUCGCUGCUAACGUGGAGCUGGGAUACAGCCGGGAGCGGCUCCCGCAGCCAGCAGGCCUGGUGGGCAGCACGGGCAGGACCCCGGGGCUCCCCGGGACUCCCCCAACCCUGCUCGGGCCUUACCUGCAGCAGACGGAAAUACCCCGGGGUCAGGCGUCGGGGGCGGAUGAUCAUGGUGUGGUGGGGGGCAGCGGGAUCGGGCCCCGUGGGGCGGCGGCAGCGGGGCUGGGACCCCCCGAGCCCCCGAGCACGGCGAGGGCUCCGUGCGUGUCGGCGGCCCCGCAGCCCCUGGGGCAGGGCGCAGGCACCGGGCGGGCGCGGAGCAGCAGCUGUCAGCCGCGAUCAGCGCCCGCUGCUCCCCGGAGCGGACACGGCGGGCGGGGGGGCCACGGCCAGCCCAGGCGGGGCUGAGGGGCUGGGCUCGGCCAUGGGGGAACUCCUCUGCAGGCCUGCGUGGGGCUGCCUCAGCUUCCCCACCUGCAGAGGGGUGUGAGUUGUGCCUUGGGCGAGGGGUGACAUCCCAAAAACUCCAGGGCUGAGCAGGGGCUUCCCUCGGGUUCUUCUGGGGGUCUGUGUGGCCUAACUUUGCCCCCACAGGGCACCUCGGGGUCUCCCACUGGUGUCACAAGUGCUGUCGGGCCUCAGCCCUGGCUGCGUGCAGCGGCUGGGGGGUGACACCGGCUGUCAUUUCCCGGGGGUUCCAGCGGCCGUGUGUCACCGUCCGGGCUGUGACUCACCGGGGCCUCGCCCCGCGGGAUCGUCCUGGGCCGUCCUGGGCAGCCGCGGCGCUGAGCGGCACCCGGGAGCGCCAAUGGGGCUGCGGCUGCCGGCGCAGGUGGGAGCCGCGCCCGGCGCAGGUGAGAGCCGCGCCCGCCGCCGCUCCGGGCCCGCCGCCGCUCCGGGCCCGCCGCCGCUCCGGGCCCGCCGCCGCUCCGGGCCCGCCGCCGCUCAGGGCCGCCGCCAUGGAGCCCGUGGGCUCCUGGGGCCCCGCGCAGGUGGCCGCCUGGCUCCGAGGGCUGGACGCGGCGGUGCAGGGAUAUCCCUUCGAGGCCUGGGGGCUGUCGGGGCCCGACCUGCUGGGGCUGGACGCGGGAAUCCUGGAGGCACUGGGAGUGUGGCCCUUGGGACACCAGGAGCUGCUGCUGGAGGCCACGGAGCAGCUCCGGAACCUGGACACAGGGCUGGCGAGCACCAGCCUGCGGACGCUGACGGAGAGGCUGCAGGAGCUGGCGCAGGGCAUCCAGAGCCUGGUGCAGGAGGGGCUGUCAGCAGGGGAUGCCCCCCAGCCGCCUUCCCUCACCCUCCUGGCCAGAGUCAUCGACCUGGUCGGGGCUGCCAAGGAACUCUUCUCCUGGCUCAACAGGUACCUCUUCUCCACCCUCAAUGACUUUUCGGCCAGCCGGGACAUCAUCCUGCUCUGUGCCCAGCUGGCAGAGACGCUGCAGGCAGUGAGUGCCCAGGGCUGGCUGGAGGACCUUCCUGCGGCCGAGAGGAACAGUGGGAUCCUGCAGAUUUGCCAGCACAUCGUGGGCAUCUGCCAGAGCAUCGUGGGCUGCAGCCCCCCGGCGCUGCUGGACCGCAGGGCUGUGCUGCAGCGUGUGGGGCUGGCGCUGCCCCCCAGCCCACAGGGCAGCCCCCUGAUGUCCCCCAGCACCCCAGCACUGCUCCUCGGCCUGGGGCAGAGCCCCCCAACAUCCUCUGAUGUGCCAACGCUGCCCCCCAGCCAAUGGAGCAGCCCCCCAGGAUCCCCUGACACCCCAACACCACCCUCCGAUGUUCUGGGGAGCCCCCAGCCCCUCCUCUCCACCCGGCUGAGCUUUGAGAUCACCUCCACCAGCUCCUGCCUGCACUUUGUGUCUGCGACCACCUCAGAGGCCCUGGCUGCCCACGGGGGCCACAUCCUGCCUGGAGAUGAGAUCGUGCAGGUCAACGAGCAGGUCGUGGUGGGUUGGACACCUGUCAACCUGGCGAGGAAGCUGCUGGAGAAGGGGAACAGGGUGACUUUGGUGCUGAAGAAGAUCCCCCUCGACCUGCCCAGCUCGCCUCCCUCUCCCAGGCAGCAGCCCCCAGGAGCAUUUUUGGAUGCUGCAGAUUCCCCUGGCACCAGGAGUGGUGAGAGCCCGGGCAGCCCCGUGUCCUUGACCUCCAGCGUUGCGGCCGACUUGGACUCGGGACCAGACUCUGCCCCGGAUCCCGUCACCGACGAGGAGCAGGAAGAGGACGAGCGGGAUCUGAGGCUGCCGGGGGCAGCUGUGGAGGAGCUGCCAGGACUGUCUGGACAGGGUGCUGCAGAGGAGGUGUGGGACAGUGGCACCCCCCUGGAAACCCCCCUGGACACCCCCCCGAGCACCCCUGCUGCCACUGAACCCUGUGCCACAGAGCUGAGCCCCAGGGCAGCCCCCGCCACAGGGGCUGGGGGAGCAGAGCCCAGCCAGCUCCCUGGGGAGGGCAGCCCCAGCACGGGACGCAGACCAAAAGGAGUGGCGACCAGGCUGAGCCGCCGGCGGGUCUCGUGCCGGGACCUGGGCCGGGUGGACUGCGAUGGGUGGCUCCUCAAGAAGAAGGACCACGUGGGCUUCAUGGCCCAGAAGUGGAAGCGCUGCUGGUUUGUGCUCAAGGGCCACACGCUCUACUGGUACAACCACCCCAACGAUGAGAGGGCUGCAGGACUCAUCAACGUGGCCACCUACAACCUGGAGAGCACCAGGGAGCAGAAGAAGAAAUACGUGUUCCAGCUGUGCCACCAGACAUACAAGCCCUUUGUCUUUGCUGCUGAAACCUUGGCUGACCUGAGCAUGUGGGUCAGUCGCCUGGUGACAGCCAAAACAAAGUACACGCUGGCCCAGCAGGCACUCCCGGACAAGGAGGAAGACUGCUACAGUGAGACAGAAGCUGAGGACCCUGAUGAUGAGUCCCCCAGGCACGGAUCUGACCCGCCCAGGAAGAGGCUGCAGCACACCCCAGAGAAGGCGCAGCUCUCCCCAGCCAGCAGCGCAGCCAGCAGCCCCCAGGGCAGCCCCCGGCCCUGCUCCCCCAUGGAGCCCGCCGGGGAGGAUCUGGAGAGCCUGGCGCGGUGCCUGAGGCAGGGCGGGGUGUCCCUCAUGGGGCAGCGGCGUGUCCUGACGCAGGAGCAGUGCCGAAAGUCCUUCCUGCGGCGCAACAAGAACCCGCACAUCAACGAGAGGGUGCACGCCGUGCGCGCCCUGCAGAGCACGCUCAAGGCGAAGCUGGCGGAGCUGCAGGCCCUGGAGCAGCUGCUGGGAGAGGCGGCGCUCACCUCGGACACCUUCAGGCGCUGGAAGGAGGAGCACCAGGAGCUGUACCAGGAGCUGCGGGAGGGCUGGGCAGGGCAGCAGGGCCAGCGCCACGACCAGGGGGAUGCUGGAGACCAGCACAGCCCUCACCAAGAGGCGGCUGAGCCCUGACAUCCCGCCAGGAGCCGGUGUGGGUCGGUGCCCGCAAGGCUUGGAGCACGGUGGGUGCUCUGUGCUGGGGGGCCUGAACACACUCGGGAAGGCUCAGCCCCAGAGGGGCCACCCCGCAGGGGAAGUGGCUUCUGUGACAGUCUUAAUUUUUCCCAGUUCGCCUUGCCCUGGCUGCAGGUUGGCAAGGGGGAAUUUUCCCGGGGAACGUGUCCCCGCGGUGGUGCUGCCAGCCGGCCCGGCCACGGGCUCUUCUGCUGUAAAUAAAUGUGUUGACAGGG